ACCGAUUUCCAACCCGAAAUAUCGGCCACCGAAACACUCUCCCUAAAUAAUUAAAAAAAGGCAAAUAGCAGAAAUAAAUCAGUGAUUUUUCUUUUUUUUUAAGUUUCAGAGUUUGUUUAAUUGAUAAUUACUCGAAUUUUUUGGUGAGAAAUCACACAUUACUUCCCAAAGGGAAACAGGAAGAAAGAAAUGUCGUCUUCCACUAAUCCGUCGACGAUGCUUAAACCGGAGAUCGGACCUGACGGUCUUCCUCGAGAAGCUCCGGUCAUUGCCUACACAGAGAAGAUAAUCGAAGAAGAGCAACUUCAAUUAAGGAAAUAUAUUGAGGAAAAUUAUUCGAAGAUUCGUGAUGUAGAGCGAGAGCUAGGGAAUCUUACGUUAGAGAUGAAACUAACAGCUGGACCUAAGAAAGCAGCGCUUGAACAUCUGAGGAAGAAGAUAGAAAUGUCAACAGAAAGAAUUCGUGUUGCUAAGUUGAAGGAAGAAGAAGCAUGGAAGGCCUUGGAAGCAGCAACAAAAGUUGUGAAGGAAGAGGAAGAAAUUAAGCAGAAGUUGUGUGAAGACUUAAAUCAGCUGGUUCAAGAAAGCAGUCACUCUCAGUUUUCUAGACUUGAAGAAUUAAAAAGACGUCUGGAAGCCUUAAACCCGAGUAGAGCAUCUAUGUCUUCUCCUCCUCAUGAUGCAAAACCAAUGGGACCUGCAUCAAACAGCCCCGUUCAAGAUGCCUCAAUUCCACUUUCAACAGCUCCUGAUGCUGGAGUCGCUGAAAUUGCACAUAACCAAGCAAAUGGGGGAAACGUCCAAGUCACAAAUGGGAAAAAUCAACAGCCUAAUGUUGAGGGAUUAGGAGGAAAGAAAAAGGUCCAUUUCGAAGGAAGGGGAAGGGGAAUUGGGGCUGUUCCCAAGGGUAGAGGACCUGCCCAACCUGGCUGGACAGGGGCAGGAUUUGAUGUAGAUGGUAGAAGCUAGAAUCAAGAUUUCAAGCGCUCCUCCUAUACGGAAACUGUGAGACAAGCACUCCUACUUUGCUCUACCGAGAAUAUUCUUUAUUCCAUAUAUGCUGGUUGAUUUUUCUCACUGUAUUUAUUAAAUUGGAUAUAGCUUGUUGAUAUAGAUAAUUAAAUCUGACUUUGUGAACUUCACAUUGCUACUUAACCCUUGCGCCAUCAAUUCAUCCUUCAAGGAAGUAUGGUUCAAGAAUAUUUCUUGUUCCUCGCUUUUCAACUGGCCAAAGCUGUGAACUGAAACUCUAGACUCUCCUUUUCCUUCGGCAUGUAGGUUAAUAUUUUCUGCCCAUGUAUUCUCUCACCUGUCCACAAUCUGUUGAUAAAGAAGUGUUAUUUGAUCUGACUUGCCACCAUUGCUUCACUUAUGUCUUAAAUAGGGUCCUUCGAUAUUGUUUUCCCAUGUAAAACAAACAUUUUUCCUCGUUCUCACUUUUCUACUGGACAUAGCCGUAAGCUGAAAUCUCUACACUCCUCCUUUCCCUUCAUAUGUUGCUAGAUGUUUGAAGUGCUUUUGGAUCUGACUUCCUUGGCCUGCUUUGCUCGGGUUACAAAUGGAGUCCUUCAACCAAGAACAGCAUGGUUAAAUUUUCUUUCUUCUUUUCAGCAUUCCUUAUCAUUUCAUUUUUGACCCUUCGGAGACUACCAAUAAAAAAUUUACAUUUUACUGUCAAGAACGCAGGAAAGAAGAGGUGGGCUUUGAAUUGAAUAGUUGAAAUCUCAUCACCUCUGCAGUCGGUAAUAAAAAUCCUACGCUCUGAAACUGGGUCCUUUUCUAGUGUCCUCUAUGUAAUCAUGCAGUUGUUUGACACAGAAUGCAGCGUUUCCAAA